UCUCAGGUGGUGAAGCCCUUCAUUUAGGUUGGCUUCUGAGAGUCAUCAGGCAGUCUUACAUAACCAUGAGGGGUGGGUGUGUGACUGUGUACGUGAAUUGUGAGAAAUGUCUGGUCACGCAUUUUCCCUCUUAUCUAGUACAGCAAGCACAUAUGUCAUGACUUGUGUAUGCUGCUACAAUUCCAAAUAGGAAAGAAAGUUUUUUGUUUUUUUAAAAUUUUCUCCUGUAUUACAAAAAAUAUUGGGGCACAUUCAGGUCUAGAUUUCGAGAGGCAAAGAUUUAAGGCUGGGCUGGCUGGCUUUUGUUACUGACAUAAUCUAGGGUGGGCUUGGGGAAGGAAAACAGUCAUUGACCAAAACAGAACAGAAAUGAAAACUCAUUUGCUUCCUAAAGCCAGAUAGAAAUGAUUUAGGUUAAUGAUUUUCUAAUGUGUCGUACAGAUAAACAAGGAGACUGCUGUAAUUUCUAACUUAAGCAUCAGGUCCCCAAUUUUCCUUUACCUGAAAAAUGAAGUGAAAGUUCUUGGAGUACUUUUUGUUCAGUAUGAUCAGUUGACCUUAAUCUGUGAGCAGUCUGAACCAACGUUUAAAUACAGACAGCUAUUACCACCAGUGGUCCAGGCCUUGGUGCAGCCUUCUGAGCAGAGGAAGGGAAGCAGGUUUGGAGACUGGAGCCAGCCAGCACAGCCUAUGAGCUCAGAGACCUGGGAGGGUGGGGAGGAUGCCUGAUUCCUGCCACUCCCUGCCAGGGACCAUCUCGCUCCCCUAGAACUGUGGGUGGGAGUGGGGCUGGGGGAAAGACAAAAGUAGAUGCAGAUAAGAGAUGCAGGUAAGUGGAAUAUAGAAACAGUAAGGACGGUUGGGGGGGACUUCCCUGGAAGUCCAGUGGUUAGGACUCGGCACUUUCACUGCUGUGGCCCCGGGUUCAAUCCCUGGUUGGGGAACUAAGACCCCACAAGCUGCACAGCAUGGCCAAAAAAAAAAAAAAGGAUGGUUGGAAGUUUUAGGACUUGGAGAAAUGCUGUUACUAGAGCAUUUUAAAUAAAUAGGAUUAUUUUGCGUAUCUGCUCAGUAGGUUGGAAACAAAGAAAAGUCUGCCAGUAUUACAAAAUUUUAAUUUGCUAGUAUUAUUUGGGAUGUUUGCCUUAAAUUUGAAAAUUGUAUGCUUUUAUUUUUUCAGUUUUUUAACAAAAUAAUUAAAUUUAUACAAUACUGGUUUUAUGUUUCUGGGCUGUUUCAACACAAUUUAAUACUGGCUACCUAGUUCUAAAAGCAUAAUGUAUUUCUGUUUAUAAUAGUUUUUCACAUAAGAGCAUAUUGCUCUUAUAACUGGUAGAUGUUGAUUCAGAGAAGGUUGGUUUCUGAUCCAAGUUUUGACAUAAGCCGUCUUCUAUUACUAGCACUUACAAGCACCGUGAAGACUGAUCAUGACAAGUAAGUGAGCUUUACCACAUUAAUUGUAUUGCCUCAGGCAUUACUAAGUAUUUGCUUGUGAACCUGCACACACUAUCCUUCCUUAUUUUGGUCUUUAUCUGUAAGACAUGUAUUAGAAGGAGUGGCAUGGUCCUUUAAGGAUAAUCUACAAGAACAUUUUAAGAGUCAUCCACCUGAAACUGAUCCACAUUUUAGAGCAGAUGCAGUCUUGCACUGUGUGAAAGAGACAAGCUUUCCUAGAAAAAUAUGGAUGCUAAUAUAAACAACCUUUUGGUGACCUCUGCAUUAAGAAAAAGAUGCUUUGAGAAAAGUAAAAAGUUGGAAGACUUAAAAUGCCACACAUCUCUACAUUCUGUAAUUCUAUGGUAGAUUAUGUUUUUUUUUUUUUUUUUUUUUUUUUGCGGUAGACGGGCCUCUCAUUGCUGUGACCUCUCUUGCCGCGGAGCACAGGCUCCCUACGCGCAGGCUCAGCGGCCAUAGAUCACGGGCCCAGCCGCCCCGCGGCACGCAGGAUCUUCCCAGACCGGGGCACGAACCCAUGACCCUGCAUCGGCAGGCGGACCCCCAACCACUGCGCCACCAGGGAAGCCCUAGAUUCUGGUUUUUAUUUAAGUAAACCAGUGCAAUAAUUCAUUUAUAAAAAGACUGAUUACUUCAACAUAUGAAUUAUUUUUGUUUUGAACAUGGAAAGUUAUGUAAUAACCAUAAAACUCUGAAUUCUGACAGUGACUUCUAAUAGGUAACUUUGGGCAAAAGUAGACAUCAGCUCUGCAAGUGAUGUAUUUUGUUGUUGAUGUUAAAAGUCACCUGUACAAGAGUCAGAUAGGACAUGAAUCUAGUUCUGAGAGGGAGGGUCCUAUGCAAAUACCAAGUUUACAAGUGGUUCCACAUAAAGUAGGUCAUCUGGUCAGCAAAGACAGGUUCAGCUUGUUAUUCUCUAUUUUUGUUAUCUUAGAAAUAAGGACUUGUGUGUGUAAUAGAAGGUUUUUCACCUAAGAAGUUAUUGAGUGAAUUAGUGAGGACUCUUAGGUUUGGCAUUCAUUAAUUAAACUUAGAAAGUUAUAGAGCUAAACAAUUCUACCUACUCUGCAGAGCAUGGACUAUUCAAGACUGGAUAUUUGGCUGGGAGAUGCUUUAUCAUUGAUUAUCUGAAUGGUUAUAGUUUUGUAAGUGGUCUUUUUUUUUUUUUUUUUGCGGUACGCGGGCCUCUCACUGUUGUGGCCUCUCCUGUUGCGGAGCACAGGCUCCGGACGCGCAGGCUCAGCGGCCAUGGCUCACAGGCCCAGCCGCUCCGCGGCAUGUGGGAUCUUCCCAGACCGGGGCACGAACCCGUGUCCCCUGCAUUGGCAGGCGGACUCUCAACCACUGCGCCACCAGGGAAGCCUUGUACCAUCACACAUGGUGUUAUCAUUGGAAAGAAGGAAAAUGACCUUAUCCGUGGCGCUCUUCUGAGUGGGAAAGUGAAUCAUCGCAUUCGCCCCGUGGAAGUAAGAGGACUUGGGCUGGAAGCAUGUGGUGCAUCCUUCGAGGCUGGAGGCGAGGGAGCCUGGGUCCAUGGGGAGCCCUGGGGCAGCACUGGCCCCGGGGCAUCCGUGCUCUGGCCAGUGAGCGCCCCCGGAUUAGGGGUGAGUACAGCCACGUGGUGGUGGGUGCGGGCUCCGCUGGCUGCGUGCUGGCCGGCCGGCUCACAGAGGAUCCCGACAAGCGAGUGCUGCUGCUGGAGGCCGGGCCCAAGGAUGUGUUUGCGGGGAGCAAGCGGCUCCUGUGGAAGAUCCACAUGCCCGCAGCCCUCGUGGCCAACCUGUGCGAUGACAGGUACAACUGGUGCUACCACACGGAGCCGCAGCCGGGCCUGGACGGCCGCGUGCUGUACUGGCCACGUGGCCGGGUCUGGGGCGGCUCGUCGUCGCUCAAUGCCAUGGUCUACAUCCGUGGGCACGCCGAGGACUACGAGCGCUGGCAGCGGGAGGGCGCGGCGGGCUGGGACUACGCGCACUGCCUGCCCUACUUCCGCAAGGCGCAGGCGCACGAGCUGGGUGCCGGGAGGUACCGCGGCGGCGACGGCCCCCUGCGGGUGUCCCGGGGCAAGAGCGGCCACCCGCUGCACCGCGCGUUCCUGGAGGCGGCGCAGGAGGCCGGCUACCCCCUCACCGAGGACAUGAACGGCUUCCAGCAAGAGGGCUUCGGCUGGAUGGAUAUGACCAUCCACGAAGGCAAGCGCUGGAGCACGGCCUGUGCGUACCUGCACCCGGCACUGAGCCGCCCCACCCUCACGGCUGAGACCCAGACAUUUGUGAGCAGGGUGCUGUUUGAAGGUACCCGUGCAGUGGGUGUGGAGUACAUCAAGAACGGCCAGAGCCACAGGGCUUUCGCCAGCAAGGAGGUGAUCCUGAGUGGAGGUGCUAUCAACUCUCCGCAGCUGCUCAUGCUGUCGGGCGUGGGCAAUGCAGAUGACCUCAAGCAACUGGGCAUCCCGGUGGUGUGCCACCUUCCUGGAGUUGGCCAGAACCUCCAAGACCACCUGGAGAUAUACAUCCAGCAGGCGUGCACCUCCCCCAUCACCCUCCACUCAGCACAAAAGCCCCUGAGGAAGGUCCGGAUUGGCCUGGAGUGGCUCUGGAAGUUCACAGGGGAUGGAGCCACGGCCCAUCUGGAAACAGGUGGGUUCAUCCGGAGCCAGCCUGGGGUCCCCCACCCGGACAUCCAGUUCCACUUCCUCCCUUCCCAGGUGAUCGACCAUGGGCGGGUCCCCCCACAGCAGGAGGCUUACCAGGUGCACGUGGGGACCAUGCGGGGCACGAGCGUGGGCUGGCUCAAACUGAGAAGUGCCAACCCCCAUGACCACCCUGUGAUCCAGCCCAACUACCUGUCAACAGAAACUGACAUCGAUGACUUCCGUCGGUGUGUGAGGCUGACCAGAGAAAUUUUUGCACAGAAAGCUCUGGCGCCGUUCCGGGGGAGGGAGCUCCAGCCAGGAAGCCACGUCCAGUCGGAUGAGGAGAUAGACGCCUUUGUGCGGGCAAAGGCAGACAGCGCCUACCACCCAUCGUGCACCUGCAAGAUGGGCCAGCCCUCCGACCCCAUGGCAGUGGUGGACCCGCAGACCAGGGUCCUCGGGGUGGAAAACCUCAGGGUGGUCGACGCCUCCAUCAUGCCCAGUGUGGUCAGCGGCAACCUCAACGCCCCCACCAUCAUGAUCGCAGAGAAGGCGGCCGACAUCAUCAAGGGGCGGCCGGCUCUCCGGGACGAGGCUGUCCCUGUCUACAAGCCUAGGACCUUGGCCACCCAGCGCUGAGGCCGUCCCUGAGUAAGAAGGCUCAGCACAGCCCUUGGCGCCAAGUGUGCUCUCCUGGCUCUCUCUAGAAUGUUACAAUUUGAUGGCCAAGAAUUGGAUAAUUUAAGAAAUGAAACCAGUAUUGGUCAGUGAA